CAAUUGUUAGGGGUGUCAAUGGAUCGAUUUUGGGUUGGACUCCGUCGAUAUCGAAAGUGUUAUGGACGGUCCUUGAACUCGGACCGGUCCGAACACAAAUCGUCCAUUCAUAAAAUGGAUCGAAAAUAGACCGACCCUAAAAGUUCGAACAGCCCACUGGUCCGUUCAUUUUCGUUUGAAGUUUGAACGGACGUUUCACUUUCUCAAAGUCUAGGGUUCGGCGCUCCAUCUCAAAGUCUCGCCGGCGGUAUUUCCCUCUCUCCGGCGAUCUUCCUCUCGCCCUCUCACUUUCUCCAACGGCAGCAGUCCUUCUCUUAGCGCCUCUCACUUUCUCUAGCGAGCAGUACAACACUCUCUCUUCUCUCAGCGCCCUCUCACUUUCUUCAGGAGCGACAGCAGUCACAGCACUCCCUCUUCAGCGGCGACAGUCUCUCCUCUGACCUCUGCGAUUUGUUCAUUCAGAUCGUUUUAUUAGGCACCAGAAAAGGAGCCAUGCCAAGACAGCCAGGGAGGCAUAGUAACUUUUUAAAAACCAGGCCUUUGACUUUCUCUCCCUUUGCUCGUUGUGUUGCUCAACUUGCAUCCACCUGCAAGCUCAAGCGCCUUAUCCAGGAAUCCAAGUCCCAUCGAAAAUUUUCCAUUACACCCUCAGAUAAUCAGUACAUCAAGCACCAUUUGAAAGAGAAGAUUGAACAAUCUGAAUCUUCUGAUGAUGAAGAUAAUGAAGAAUUUGUUCAAGCAGAUUUCGCUUUCUUUGAUCCCAAACCGGAUGACUUUCAUGGAGUGAAGAUCUUGCUACAGACAUACCUUGAUGACAAGCAAUGGGAUCUAAGUGGAUUUGUAGACUUGAUACUUGCACAGACUACAGUGGGGACAGUGGUAAAAGUAGAGGAUUCAGAAGAUGAUGGACUCUUCUCUGUCAUCACAGCUCUUAAUCUAGGGAGAUACAAGGAUCAAAGAUGUAUCAUGGAGCUGAAGGAGUUCCUGCUUAAAGUAUGUGAGGAGGGAACAUUAAGUAACCUGAAAUUGCUUUUGGGAGAGGAAGUAUGGAAUGCUGGUCUCUUGGUCUCCCAGCGUGUGGUCAAUCUACCUCCCCAACUUUUGCCUCCACUUUAUGAUGCGCUCUUUGAUGAAGUCUCAUGGGCAACUGAAGAUGAGCCAACAGUGGACCUCCGGAAUUCCUUCCGCUUUAAAUUUUAUCUACUGAUCACUAAGAUAUACAAGCAUAAGAACAUUGGCCAACAAAAGCAUGCAUCAAGAAGUAGCAAUGAGGAGCCAAUUAUAUAUAUUAAGCCUGAAGAUGAAAUUUUUCAUAAGCUUAGCAGAUGGUCCUUCAAUUUUCCCUUGCGGACUCAGCAGCUGGCAACUCAUGAGCUAAGGAAUUACAGGCUGGUGGGACUUAUCAUGGCUGUAGAGGCAGAAAAAAUUUCAACUUUUCGACAGGAGUUGAAAUCUCUAAUAAUGGAGUCCUGAGGUCAUACAUAAAGGUAGUGAACUACUAGGUUAUGGUUCCUCAAUUAAUUUUCACAUUGGGACUGGUGUAUUGGAGAUUUACACAAGGAUUUCUCAACCUUUCUUAUUUUUCUUCACCCUGUAAAAUGGGCCACUAAUGAUCAGCUCUGCAUUGUAUGUACUGAAUUAGCCAUAUUUAAUUUUGGAAGUAUCGGAAAAUUUUGUUUAUUAUUUUUAAUUCGACAUUAUAAUGAAACAUGCAUCAAGUAGAAGUGUACCCAGGGAUGUCUGCCUGAGUCUAUGGACUCUAGAUGCUGUGUGCCUGAGUCGAGUAUGUGUGAUCUGGUUUUCUUUGUUUUUAUUAAUUAGAUUUUUCCAGUUUCAUGGUUUAAAGUAUUGAUAGAUAUCAGUCUUUUAAUUUA